UUCACCGGUAACGAUUGUAGUUCUGUAAGGCCGGGAAACCGUGUAAUUACAAAAUCUGUCUGUAUCGGUGGUAUCGCGGUGUACCAAGGUCCCUUAUAGGUGUCUGCCAGGUUGGAUCCACACACAUCAAUACCACAAUAAUAGCUAACGCCAUUGACAGUUUGUAUAUAUAUAGAGUCUGCCAUUUUGUGUGACUUCUUUUCACUGACUUUCAACACCAGAUGGUACAGGAUAUCUUAUAACGCCAGAACACCUUAUCCUGUAAUAGAAACACUGAAGAUUCGAUAAAACAAUAGACAUUUCAAAGAGGCUAAAUUGCCUUGUAGAAUUAUACAUAUAGAACAACAUUUAGUCUGACGAGGCUGCAGUGACCUAGAUUUACACAGGGCUAGGGAUGCCUUGUGUGGAGGGCCGUGUUCCUGGAAUUCCGGAGAAAUGUGGACUUUAUGACCCAACACUUGAAAGUGAUGCCUGUGGCGUUGGAUUUGUAGUUAGCAUCGAUGGCAUCCGCUCACAUAAGGUGUUACGAGAUGCCCAGAUCAUGUUACAGCGGAUGGAGCACCGCGGGGCGUGCGGGUGUGACAAUGAUACGGGUGAUGGCGCUGGGGUCCUCACAGGGAUCCCUCAUAAACUCUACCACAGGGUACUCAGAGAGGAACAGAAUAUUGAAUUGCCUGAAGAAGGGGGCUAUGCCACAGGAAUGAUUUUUGCUGAUAAAGACCAGUUGCCUCAAACCAAAGAGGCAUUUUCAGCCAUAGCAACAACCUAUAACCUCCAGAUCCUGGCCUGGAGGGACGUACCUGUAGACAACUCACUGAUUGGAAGGGUUGCCAAGACAACAGAGCCGUUCAUUCUGCAGGUUUUUGUGACUGGAAGUGAUGAUGCUGAAGAGUUCAAACGUCAGGUGUAUUUACUGAGAAAGUACAGCUCCCAUCACAUUCCUGAGCAGGACUUGAGAUAUUUCAUCUGUACGCUGUCAACAGACACAAUCGUGUACAAGGGUCAGUUCACUACUUCACAGCUGUGGACCUACUUCAAGGAUUUAGAAGACCCAGAUUUUGAAACACACAUUGCUCUUAUCCACAGUCGAUUUUCCACCAACACAUUUCCUAGUUGGGAGAGAGCACACCCUCAGAGAUACCUGGCCCACAAUGGUGAGAUCAACACCCUAAGAGGGAACAACAAUCUGAUGCGUGCCCGGGAGGGUGUGAUGAAUAGCGAUGUGUAUAGGGACAAGCUACAUGACCUGUACCCUGUUGUGGAGGAAGGCAUGUCAGACUCCGGCUGUGUAGACAAUGUAUUAGAGUUCCUUUGUAUGGCGGGUGGACGCCAACUUCCGGAGGCGGUGAUGACUAUGGUACCAGAGGCCUGGCAGAAUGACAAGACCAUGUCUGCUGACAAAAAGGCAUUCUACCGGUGGAGCGCAUUUGCAAUGGAACCCUGGGAUGGACCAGCUCUCCUGACAUUUUCUGAUGGAAGAUUCAUUGGGGCCAUAUUGGAUAGGAAUGGUUUACGGCCUUCACGAUUCUACGUCACCAAAUCCAACCACAUGUACAUGGCUAGUGAGGUGGGGGUGGUGGACAUUCCUCAUGGAGAUGUCAUACAGAAGGGUCGCCUGAAGCCUGGUAGGAUGUUACUGGUCGACACACAUCAGAAAAUUUUCUUGAAGGAUGACGUUCUCAAGGCACAGAUUGCAACCCUCCGACCCAACCAGAAAUGGCUGACUGAAGAAACAUUAUCGCUGAGUGAGCUUUGCCAGGCACAUGUCCCCAGUGAGACGGUGAACCAGCCUCAGCUGGAGGUGGAGAAGUACAGUCAUGGAGGCUUCCUGGAAAAGGACAGACGUCUGGCCCUGUAUGGUUACACAGUGGAGGCCAUUAAUCUACUGGUGUUACCCAUGGUCAAGGAAAAGAAGGAAGCGCUGGGCUCUAUGGGAAAUGAUGCUCCCCUGGCUUGUCUGUCCCAGUACAGUCCUCUCAUCUUUGACUACUUCAAACAGCUGUUUGCCCAGGUCACCAACCCACCCAUAGACCCCUUCAGGGAGAAAAUUGUCAUGUCUCUGGCAUGCCCCAUAGGCCCAGAAGCCAACAUCCUGGCACCGUCGGCAGAGCAGUGUAAGCGACUAUGGCUCGACCAGCCGAUCCUGUCAUUACAGGACAUGGAGGUGCUCAAGCACACAACCUACAAAGGGUGGAAGACAAAGCAGAUAGACAUCACCUUUCCUGUGAGUGAGGGACCGGAGGGAGUUAGUCCUGCUCUACAGAGAGUGUGUCUAGAAGCUGCUGAGGCUGCGGAGGGAUACCAGUUAAUCUGUCUGACUGACCGUCAAAUUGGCAAGGACCACAUACCUAUACCGUCCUUGAUGGCUGUGGGAGCUGUCCAUCAUCAUCUAAUUGACAAGAAACUCCGCCUGAAGGUCGGACUUGUGUUGGAGACAGGCGAGGCCAGGGAGGUACAUCACAUCUGUACAUUACUGGGUUAUGGUGUAGAUGCAAUCUGUCCCUACUUGGUGUUUGAGACCAUUGCUCGUCUGAGAAAUGAAGGCUUGCUGACCCCACCCCUGACAGAUGAUGUGGUGUUUGCUAACUACCGUGAUGCAGUUGCCCGGGGCAUCUCCAAAGUCAUGGCUAAGAUGGGUAUAUCUACCCUACACAGUUACAAGGGGGCCCAGAUCUUUGAAGCAGUAGGUCUACAUAAGGAGGUGGUGGAUCUGUGCUUCAAGGGCACAGCCUCUCGUAUUGGAGGAGUCACCUUCAAGGAACUUGCUGCUGAGACUCUCCACAGACACCAGCAGGCAUACUCAGACAGAGAAUGUGAUGACACGAUAGUCAUGAACCCCGGCUUCUAUCACUGGAGGGAUGGAGGAGAGAAACACAUCAACGAUCCUCAGUCAAUAGCUAACCUCCAGGAUGCUGCUAAGAAUAAGAACAAAAAUUCCUACGCCAAAUUCACAGAGUCGUCAUGGGAGAGUGUGAGGAAGUGUACUCUCCGCGGUCAGCUGGACUUUGUCUAUGCUAAAGAAUCCCUGGAUGUAUCUGAGGUCGAGGAGGCUGCCAGCAUCGUCAAACGCUUCUGUACAGGUGCUAUGAGUUUCGGAAGUCUGUCUAUAGAGGCCCACUCUACCCUGGCUGUAGCCAUGAAUCGUGUAGGAGGUAAGUCUAACACAGGAGAAGGGGGAGAGAAUUCUGACCGUUACACUCACAAUGAGGAUCCCAUGUUCAACAAGCGGUCAAGCAUCAAACAGGUUGCAUCAGGACGGUUUGGAGUGACGAGCUCGUACCUGUCGCAUGCUGAUGAGUUACAGAUCAAAAUGGCUCAGGGAGCGAAACCUGGAGAAGGAGGAGAAUUGCCCGGUCACAAGGUUUCCAAGGACAUUGCCAUGACACGUCACUCUGUCCCUGGGGUGGGGCUCAUCAGUCCUCCCCCUCAUCAUGAUAUCUACUCUAUUGAGGACCUUGCAGAGUUGAUCUAUGAUCUCAAAUGUGCCAACCCUGAAGCCAGGAUCAGUGUAAAACUUGUGUCGGAGGUCGGUGUAGGGAUCAUAGCAGCUGGGGUUGCCAAGGGUCACGCAGAACACAUCACUAUAUCUGGACAUGAUGGGGGUACUGGAGCCAGCAGCUGGACUGGCAUAAAGAAUGCUGGGUUACCAUGGGAACUGGGUAUCUCGGAGACGCAUCAAGUUCUUGUCAUGAAUGAUCUUAGGUCUAGAGUAGUGCUCCAAGCUGAUGGUCAAAUUAGGACAGGGCGGGAUGUCGUGAUUGCUGCCAUGAUGGGGGCUGAUGAGUUUGGGUUUAGUACUGCCCCUCUUAUUGCCAUGGGCUGUACCAUGAUGAGGAAAUGCCACCUCAACACCUGUCCUGUCGGCAUAGCAACACAGGAUCCUGUGCUGAGAAAGAAAUUUGCUGGAAAACCUGAGUAUGUUGUCAACUACCUUUUCUUCAUUGCUGAGGAGAUCAGACAAAUCAUGGCUAAGAUGGGUCUGAGGAAGUUCCAGGAACUCGUGGGACGCACAGACAAAUUAUCAUUUAACCCUGACCCUGAGAAUCCCAAAGCUGGUCUCCUUGACUACCAGGCUAUGCUGAAAAAUUCACUGGACCUACGUCCAGAUGCCAACAUUGUCGGAGGAAGCGUGCCACAGCAGUUUAACCUGGAGCGACGACUGGACUACAAGGUGUUGGAGCAGGCACAGAAAGUCAUCGAAGGUCAACAGAAACAAGUAGUCAUAGAUAUGAACAUCAGAAAUGAAGACCGGACUUUUGGUGCCACACUCAGCUACUACGUGUCCAAGAAAACUGUAGAGGAGGGACUCCCAGACCAGAGUAUUCUCAUCAACUUGAAGGGGUCAGGAGGUCAGAGCUUCUGUGCCUUCUUAGCUAAGGGCAUCCAUGUGACCUUGGAGGGUGAUGCUAACGACUAUGUAGGCAAGGGUUUAUCUGGAGGAGAGAUUGUGAUUUACCCUCCCAAGGACAUGUCUCCAUCCUUCCGAACCGAGGACAACAUUAUUGUUGGCAAUGUGGUCCUGUAUGGAGCUACAUCCGGAAAGGCUUUCCUGUGUGGACAGACUGCCGAGAGGUUCUGUGUCCGUAACUCGGGAGUUACAGCUGUCUGUGAGGGCUGUGGAGACCAUGGUUGUGAAUACAUGACUGGAGGAAGAGUUGUCGUUCUUGGAUUAACAGGCAGGAAUUUUGCUGCUGGAAUGUCUGGUGGCAUAGCCUAUGUAUAUGACAAACUGAAGAUGUUCCACCAGCGUUGUAACCAGGAAUCUGUUGCUCUGGAGCCCCUUGACGUCCCAGAGGAUCUUACAUUUGUGCAUGACCUGUUAGAGGAGUUCCAGGUAAAGACAGGAUCCCGUCUGGCACAGAGUAUCCUCGACAACUGGCAGGAAGAGAAACUCCACUUUGUUAAGGUGUUUCCCCACGAGUAUAAACGUGCCCUGCUGGAGGCGGAGAAGGAGAAGGUAGCUGCACAAAGUGACUUGGGUGUAAAUGGUAUUGUCAACGGAAUGAAUGGAAAUGGCAAUGAGGAUCUCAUUAUGAAUGGCGAGGAAAAGGCGAAGACCAAGGUCUCCAAGGUCGUAGAUAUAGAGGAAACUAUACCAGAUGCUGUUCGUAACCAGAAAAACCUUGAAAAGCUUGAUAAACUGAGGGGUUUUGUGAAGUAUAACCGUGCUACCUACCAGUAUCGGGAUGUGAAGUCACGUCAGAAGGAUUGGAAAGAGAUCUACAAUCACAGCGUGGUGAAGGACGGACUACAACAGCAGGCAGCUCGAUGUAUGGAUUGUGGAGUGCCGUUCUGUCAGUCUGACAAUGGCUGUCCUCUCAGCAAUAUCAUACCCAAGUGGAAUGACCUUGUUUUCAAGAAUCAAUGGAAGGAGGCCUUGGAUCAGCUACUGCAGACAAAUAACUUUCCAGAGUUUACUGGGCGGGUGUGUCCCGCUCCAUGUGAGGGUGCAUGUGUGUUGGGGAUCAACUCUCCAGCAGUGACCAUCAAGAACAUUGAGUGUACCAUCAUUGACCAUGGCUUCGAGCAGGGCUGGAUGAAGCCAGAACCUCCACUGCAUAGAACAGGGAAGAAGGUGGCCAUUGUUGGCAGUGGACCAGCAGGGAUGGCAGCCGCUGCGCAACUCAACAAGGCUGGUCACUUAGUGACCGUGUACGAGAGAAAUGACCGGAUCGGGGGACUGAUGAGGUAUGGCAUCCCCACCAUGAAACUCAGCAAGGAGGUUGUCCAGCGACGUGUUGACCUCAUGGCUAAUGAAGGAGUAGAGUUUAAAACUGGAGUGGAGGUCGGAAAUGACAUUCCUUCUACACAGCUUGUACAGGAUUAUGAUGCAGUUGUUCUAGCUUUGGGGGCUACUCACCCUAGGGACCUACCGAUACCUGGUCGUCAAUUGAAUGGCAUUCACUUUGCAAUGAGCUUCUUGGAAACAUGGCAGAAGAAGCAGGAAGGAAAUGACCUUGACUUUCUGAAGGUCCAUGCUAAGGACAAAGAUGUAGUCAUCAUAGGAGGCGGAGACACAGGAUGUGAUUGUAUAGCUACCUCUCUACGACAGGGAGCCAAGAGCAUCACAUCUUUUGAGAUACUGCCACCUCCUCCACCAUCUCGGGCAAAUGACAACCCCUGGCCCACCUGGCCGCGUGUUUUCAAAAUGGACUAUGGCCAUGAGGAAGUAGAACUGAAGUUUGGGCGUGACCCAAGGAUAUUUAAUAUCAAAAGCACAAACUUUGUGGAUGAUGGGAACGGUAAUGUGUGUGGUAUCAACACCAUGAAGGUGGAGUGGACGAAGGACGACUCUGGCCGCUGGACCAUGACCGAUGUACCAGGAUCUGAAGAACUUAUAAAGUGUGACAUUGUUAUGCUGGCUAUGGGAUUUCUGGGACCAGAAAAAAAAAUUGUGGAGGAAAUCUCAACCAAACUUGACCCUCGAGGGAACUUCCAGACACCAAAAAAUAAAUACAGCACCAGUGCUCCCAAGGUCUAUGCUGCAGGAGACUGUCGACGAGGCCAGUCUCUUGUGGUAUGGGCCAUAUCGGAGGGCAGGCAGGCUGCACGCCAGGUCGACCUUGACCUCAUGGGCAAGACCUCUCUAGCAGGGCCAGGUGGCAUCGUGUUCCAGCCAGAAAACUGACCAGAGAUUGUCUGUAGCUAAACCACAUUAUACCAACAGUCAUCAAAUCAUAUAUGAACAUAUCUCACAAUCUUAAACAGUGUUUUACGUUCCUUAUAAUUAUAUGCUUAUGAAAUGGUUGUAAAAGCCAGCUAGUGUAAAAUAAUGACAGAUAAGGUAAGUACUAGGACUAUGGACAAGACAAUUGAUGUAGUUUUAAGUUCGUGAUUUGUGUCUUGGCAUUUUGAACUUGUUUUCCACCUUCAGAGCGUUUCUCUAACAUAAGUGUUUGUACUGUUAUAAAGGUAGCAAUGUUUUAAAGACAAGCUUAAUGUUCCCAGAUGUCAUCGCUGAUAGUGCUUCUUUGAAAAUGUCUUGAAUCUGAUAACGGUACAUGUGUUGAAUUGGCUAGCUAGCUUAAGUUCAUGCCAAAAUUUUGUUUUGUUCAUGACUGUUUGGACCAGAUAACACUGUUGAUUAGGAAAUUUGACAGUGUUUGCAACUGGCUGUUGAAAAGUGUUAUUAAUUUACAAAUACUUUAAAUUAAAUCUCAACAAUUAUAUUACAUGCAGCAAAGAGGAAAUUAUUUAUAUCAGCUUUUGAUUUUUUUUCUACAGUUGUGAUGCACAUACUAUGCAGAAACAAUGUACUUUUUGUAUGUUAAAAAGACAAUGCAAUAGAUUGUUAAAACUCAUUAUAUGAUACACAUAUUGUUAUACGCAAUUAUUUCUAGGAGAGAAAAUACUCAUAUAAUUGUUUCGUUUGAUAGGUCAUGGGUUCGAAUGUUAAAAGGAAAACAAUAAAAUCUGUUCUAUAGAUAUUUUCUAAGUUUGUCAAACUGUAUCAGUGUAUAUAUGUAUAGUAAUAUUUGUAGUGCUAUAAUUUACCGUAUUAAGGCAAGGCAAUGUACAAGUUUGUUACCAUAUUCAAAAUGUAUCCACUUUAUCAUACAUGCAGGAGUUGUCAUGUAGACUGUUCUGUGAUUAAACCACUUAGAACUGCUGUUAUAUAGAUUUGAAGUAAAGUUUAUUUUGUAGAUAAGUAAUAAUAGAUAUAUGGUUGUUAUGUUCUAGUGCGGUAGAGGUAAAACUGUAGAGAUGAAAAUUUAACACCAUGGUGUAUGUGAUAAACAGAAAGCUUUGUGUUUUAAUUACUAUUAGGUACCUAAUUACAUAUAUUGUGUAGAAUAUAUAUUAGGUACCUAUUUAUAGAAUAUAUAUUAGAUACCUAAUUAUAGAAUAUAUGUUAGAUACCUAAUUAUAGGGUAUAUGUUAGGUACCUAAUGAUAAAUAUCUAUAAGGUUCCUUGUUUUAGAAUACACGUUUACAAUUAUUGUAUGUUUAACAAUAAUAAUGUUUCAGAUAUACAGAUAUAUUAUUAAACAGAAUUUUACGCUUCUGUGGUUACCAUGGUAACUUGUAGGAGGUGAAUAUGUAGAAAUUUCCUGUUCACUUGUCAUUAUCCACUUCUGGAAAAUAAGGCAUGCUUGAUAUAACUAUUACUUCAUGUUAUGUUAUUCUUGUCUUUGUGGAAAAAAACAACAAACAAAAACAUAAGAGAGAAAGAAAAAAAAAACAAAAAAA